AGCUGAUACAGACAGGAUCGUUAGAAGAGAGAAGAACCUCCUGCAGGUGCUGGUGGAGACCAGACCGGGAGAUUAUUGGAAAAGUCUUCCCGUAGCUCAUUCAUGAAGAUUGAGGUGUCCUGAAGCAUCAUUCAGAAACUCCAUAACUCCUCCGGACCAGAACUGAGACCAGAACCGAGACCAGGACCGAGACCUGGGGGUCCUGCGGCUACAGCAAUGGUUGCUGGGAGGCAGAGAGUCGGGGCGUCGCCUCCAGAUGGAGGCUGGGGAUGGAUGGUGGUCGCUAGCUGCUUCAUGGUGACGGUCUGCACACGUGCAGUGACCAGGUGCCUCUCCAUCUUCUUCGUGGAGUUCCAGGUCUCCUUCGGGGCGGACUACUCCGCCACCGCCUGGAUCCACAGCCUGGUGGACUGCACCACCAUGCUCUGCGCUCCGGUCGGCAGCCUGGUGGAGAGCCGCUGGUCCAGCAGGGGGGUGGUGAUGCUGGGUGGAGUCCUGUCGUCCUGCGGCCUCCUGCUCGGCUCCUUCUCCACCAGUCUGGAGCUGCUCUACCUCAGCAUAGGGCUCCUCACAGGUCUGGGAUUUGCCCUCUGCUACAGCCCGGCCAUCGCCCUGGUGGGGUGCUACUUCCGGCGCAGGAAGGCGCUGGCGUACGGCGUGGCCAUGUCGGGGAGCGGCAUCGGCACGUUUGUGCUGGCCCCGGCGCUGCAGGUGCUGAUCCAGAUGUACUCGUGGAGGGGGGCGCUGCUGAUCCUCAGCGCCUUCGUCGCCAAUCUCUGCGUCUGUGGGGCCCUGCUGCGGCCAAUCACGGUGCAGGAAGAGGAGCCAGAGGGGGAGGACGGUACGUGCAAACUCUGACUGCCAUCUUUACUACCCCCGCCCCUGAGAAACAACCCCGCUGCAAUGAGAAGGAGGUGGUGCUUCAGCUCCUGCUUCCUUUCCAGGAAUGAGUGCAGCUUCCUGCGCCGGCCGGACUUCCUGGGUCUGGCGGUGUCCUUCCUGUUCCUGGCCGCCGGAUGCAGCCUGCCUUUCGUCUACCUCGUACCAUACGCUCUGAGCACCGGUGUCAGCCACCAUCACGCCGCCUUCCUUAUGUCCAUCCUUGGAGUCAUCGACAUCGUGGGGAACAUCACCUUCGGCUGGCUGACAGACAGAAGGUGCCUGAGGUCACGCCGCCUGGUCUGCUACAUCGUCUCCGUGGCGAUGGAGGGUGUCUGCUGCCUUUUUGCACCGCUGCUGCGAAGCUUCGAGCUCCUGGUGCCGUUCGCCGUCCUCUACGGCUACUUCGACGGCGCCUACGUGGCUCUGAUCCCCGUGGUGAUGUCAGACAUGGUUGGUGUUCGGUGCCUGUCCUCCGCGCUGGGCGUGGUCUACUUCCUACACGGCUUUCCCUACCUGAUCAGCCCACCGAUUGGAGGCUGGUUGGUGGACAUGACAGGAAGCUACUCGGCCACCUUCCUCCUCAGCGGCGCCGCCCUGCUGGCCAGUGCGCUCGUCCUCUCUGCCGUCGCCGGGAUUCGCCGCUGCUGCCGUCAACUUGAUGCUCACAAGCCCCUCCCCGUCAGCCCGGACGACCAAUCAGGCUGUCCCAACAAGGAAACCAUCAAAGGGGGCGUGGCCUUGUCGGCGGAGAGAAGCUGAAACGUCACUGUGACACGACGGACAUCUGGACAAACCUUCGACGGCAAACGGGACGCCAGCCAACCAACGAGGACGAGUUCGGAGAAACGGCGAGCUAGCCCCUGAACGAAGACGUCUGCGUGACGUAUUCAAAGUCCUGCCAUCCCGACAAAAAAAAUCAGACUGUAAAUAUGUUUAUUUUAACAUGAAGGUUG